AGUCGGGAAGCCGGGAUUGUGGGUUAGGGGAAGCCGCAGCCUUUCCCACCUGGCAUCCACUGCCCCCAGUUCUUGGGCACCUGCUCCAGCUGUGGAGCCCCUCAAAAACUUCAGCAAGGCCCUAGAAGACCUCAUCCUCGUGGGUGAACAGAUGCUGUGGAGCCAGCCUUGAACCCCACUCUGUUUCAGCCAGACCAGCCCAAGAGGGAGGCCCCCUAAAGAGGCCUCCAGGUGAAAAGCUCUGCGGCUGUGCAGGUCCUGACAACUGAACUGUGAAGAAUAUUCCAGCAUCUACUUUCUUGCACACCUGUUCCUGUGUGAGCUUCCUAAAGCCUGCUAGCCAGAUUUCACAUUGAGCAGCUGCAGACGGAGAAAUCAGAGAAAGCACAACCCAGCCCCAGAUUCCGAGGGGACUGCUGGGGACUCUCUCCUCUUGCUCAAGAGGGAAGAUCCCGAGGCCAGAGUCUCAGGCCAGGUCCUGGCUGCCAUGGGACUCGCAGCUGCUGCCCCCCGGCUGCCCUCCACGCUGCCAGGCAGAUAAGGGCGGGCACUGCCCCAGGAGCACCUGCUGCCCCCUGCCGGGCUGCUCUUCUGUAGCCAGCCUUUCCCCAGCUUUGGGCCACCUUUGCUGACCUGAGGCCAUGUAGGCCCUGCCUGGGUCUUUGUGGAUAGACACACACGGCUGGGGACACUGCCUCUGCUCUCUGGGUACACAGCGCACCACCAUGCCCCGGGGAAUCGCCUGGCUGCACUAUCUCGGGCUCCUCCUUGGCAUGGCCUUGGGGAACCAGGGUUUGGAGAUGUGGCCCUUGACCCAGAACGAGGAGUGUGCGGUCACCGGCUUCCUGCGCGACAAGCUGCAGUACAGGAACCGCCUUCAGUACAUGAAACACUACUUCCCCAUCAACUACAGGGUCAGCGUGCCUUAUGAGGGGGUGCUCAGAAUGGCCAACAUCACCAGGCUGCAGAGGGCCCGAGUCAGCCAGCAGGAGCUGCGCUAUCUGUGGGUCUGGGUGAGCCUCAGUGCUACUGAGUCGGUGCAGGAAGUACUGCUUGAGGGCCACCCAUCCUGGAAGUACCUGGAGGACGUACAUACGCUGCUGCUGGAUGUGCAGCAGAGCCUCACGGUGAGCUGUGCAGAAGUGCAGGAUGUGGAGGUCGGCCCCAAGGUGGAAGCGGUAGUGUCACUCCUGAGUGCCCCGAGGCUGAGCCUGAAGCUGGUGCGACCCAAAGCCCUCCUGGACAACUGCUUCCGGGUCAUGGAACUGCUGUACUGUUCUUGCUGUAAACAGAGUUCUGUCCUAAACUGGCAGGACUGUGAGGUGCCGAGCCCUCAGCACCACAGCCCAGAGCCCUCAUCGCAGUGCAUGGCUGCUCAGCUGUACCCCCUGUCCCAGUCGCCACCUAUCUCCCUGCCCCGCUCCCCAGGAUCCAAGCCUGGAGCCCCAGCUCCGUGAAGGUGCUGAGGGUGCAGGCAGAGGCCUGUUGCCCCGGGCGGCCAGUGGGGCGAUCUGUGUGGGGCAGCUCGAGGUGCUCUUGCGGUUCGGUUGAGCCGGAGACUUGUCUGGGCUGUGGUGGGGAGCCCUGUCUUGGGGGAGGAACCCUCAGGAGAGUGUUUUUCCUUUGAGGGGGAUUCGGUGCCCAAGAAAGGCCCAGUCUCCCAUUCGGUACCUCACGUGGUCUCACCUGGAGCAGCAGGGGUCUGGGGGCACCUGAAGGUGCGCAGAGCUCUCUACGCCUUCCUGCGCCCCCCGGAGGUGGUGCUGAGCUGCGUGUCUCCGGUGGCUGCAGAGGCAAGACCUGUGCCGGGUGGGCGGGGGGCGAGACGGGAGAGGGCAGCGCCACACACCACAUCUUGCCACAGAGGAUGCUCUUCCAGUUUCUAUUUUCUAUUAAACACUUGCUUGUUUUGG